AUUUUCUUUUUAUAUGCAGAAAUGAUGGCGGCAUAUUUUUACGAGUAUUUUAUCCGGAUCGUCAUGAUGCUGGUAUUUAUACAGUUAUUGCCUUAGUUAAAGAUGUAAAUGCAUCGCUGGAUGUACGCCUAAUAGUGGAGUAUUUACCUGAAGUGAAUAUUACGUCAAGUAACGGAGGCUCAGAAUUCUACCUUACUGACGUUGAGUAUAAAAUCAUCUGCAGUUUUAAAUCAGUCCCGCUUACCAAAAGGAUUGACUGGUUUGAACAAACUUGUGAAAGUCCAACAAAUUGCAGCAUUCAGGGCAAUAAAUGGGAACCCGUCAGCUUUAUUUCCGGUUUAGACUUGUAUCCGAAACUGGUCAAUUUCAAGGCCGUCAAUCAAACUGUUGUAAGUGAGAUGAUUGUGAAGGACUCGGUGACAGGAAGUUAUAAAUUUUACAAAUGUCAAGGUCACAAUACAGUUGGCUCAAGAUCGGCAACUAUACCAUAUGUAGCAACAGAUGUGAAAAAUGGAUUUGAAACCUGGGUACUUGACAGGUAUCCUUUUGUUGGGGAUACGAUAAAGUUGUAUUUUAAAGCAAGUAUUUUGAAGUAUUCGAACCUGACCGUCAUGAACCGAACUCAUGUGGCACAAGUUGACCCUGGCUGGGAUAUGGAUAGAACAAAUAUAACAUACGUUAGUGAGAACCAUGGGAUAAAAAUCGUCGUAACAAUUAGCCCAAUUUCAAAGUUUGACCAGUAUGAAUUUGUGUGUUUUGGUUAUGAUGCUCAUGGAAGAAAAAUAGAACAUUCACUUGGAAAAUUAAAAUUGACUGUAAGAGAUAUUGUACUUCCACAUUUUUUGACUGAACGCAAAAUGGUAUUUUUCGAAGAUAAUAGUUUUGCGUACGACUGUGAGGUGGGAGGCCUGCCAAUACCUGAUGUAUACUGGUACAAAGAUUCUAGGAGGUUUGACCAGAAUAAUAUUACAGAAGGAUACAAAAUUACUGAUGACGGUCAGAGAUUGAGAAUACACGCAACGGAUUCGAGUUUUGACGGACUUUAUGCAUGCACUGCAGAGAACAGAGGCGGCUCCGCUUUUAGAAGGUUCAAUUUUACCUAUGAGGAGUCGCACCGCCCGUCACCGUCUAUGUCGAUGUCGUGGACAACAAUCGUCAUAAUUGUUUGCUGCGCUAUUAUUGCCACAAUUAUUAUUAUUGUGAUGUGCUUGUUUUGUAUAAAGAAGAGGAAAAAGUCUGUAAAACCUCCAAACAACUUAGAACAGAUUUUGAUGAAACGCAGACAGGAAACAGAAGGAAAUCCGUAUGCCACUUGUUAACAAACAAAUGCGCCCGCGUUGCAUUGACGUCUUUAAUGACGUCACAGACUUGUUGAUAUAUAAAACGUAUCUGUUUUACUUAUAUUGCUUGUUAUAGCUAUUUAUUGACUCUUUAAUGCAUGAAAUAUAACAUGGUAAAAUAAUUGGAAUAGUAUGUACAAGCAGAGAUGUAAGUAACGGAAAUGUGGAAAUGUAUUUUAGCUCCGUAGUACAACAAACUGGCAUUGGCUAUGCAAGAGAGUCCAGGAAACUUCACAUAAGUUUCGUUCACGUAAUAUCUUGUGUAUGAUAAGAUAAAUUGGCAAAGAAACAUCUUCAUCAAGCUACAGUGAAACAUUUUAUCUAAGGAAUAGCCUUCAAUAUUUUAUUUUAAAAUAUUUCACAUUUUCGCGAGAUACUCGACAAUUCAGAAGGUCUUCCCCUUAGAAUCGAAAGAGCUUUUAAUAUGGCUACAAUAAUUCGACGAGUUUAUAAUCAGUUUGAAGUGAAUGAUAGUCAUAUUUUAAUUUUGUAAACAAUCAUUUUUUGUUAAUGUAGGUACAAUUCGUUCAUGUAAAGUUACUCAUACCAUAAAUCAUGUAAAUGGUG